CCUGCGUGCCUCACUGUAGUUGUCGAGUAGGGUAGAGCACACACCCUGACUCCCCAUACUCUCUCACACACUGCCAGAAUCUGCUCACUCCCUCUCUGGGAUGAGUUUUGUUGUCCAUGGCUGCCCCGACUGCAGGAGGAUGGGGGUAACAGUGGAAUGCCCUGGCUAGAGGAGGGAUGAAGAGAUGGAGAAAGAGAAGAGGAAGUUUAAAGUCAGUCAGUUAUUGAAUCUCUACCUGUUCAGGCGGCAGCACAGUAAGACUUUAGCGAAUGCCACUCAGUCCAGAGAGGAGACGAACAGCACCACAAACUCGGCUCAGUCUAGUGCAGCUUUAACCGAUGAACAUACAACGUGGACGGAGGAUGGUGACAUCAAGGAGAUCAACAUCACACAUGUUGUUAAGGAGGGGGCGGAGAAAGCAGACCCCUCACAGUUCGAGCUGCUCAAAGUGCUGGGGCAAGGCUCAUUUGGAAAGGUGUUUUUAGUACGAAAGGUAACCCCUCCUGACAAUAACCAGCUCUAUGCCAUGAAGGUCCUGAGAAAGGCCACACUCAAAGUGAGGGAUCGUGUGAGGACUAAAAUGGAGAGAGACAUCCUGGCAGACGUCAACCAUCCGUUUGUGGUUAAACUACAUUAUGCAGCAGCUUCACGGUAA